CUACAAUGAACCCAUUCGAAGGUCAAGUUCCUGGAGGUGUACUGAAGACGGUAGUAGAUGAACAUCAAUUUAUGGACGAAUUCAUUCAACUGUUGAAGCGACGUAAUCGAGAUCUGGCUGCACUAUGCGACACUUUCAAUCCCAAUUGGGAGGAUUCCGCCAUCUACCCUCUGGUCUUCCCAAUACUCGCCUUUUUCAAAAACGGAAUAUCAGAGAUAACCACGCGCGACACAACUUGUGAAUCUAUUAAGGCUAUCUUGGACGAGAUUCCUACUGGCGACUCACCAGAUAAGCUUGAAGAGGGAGGAUCGAUGCUAGGGGAGUAUCAAAAGCUGAUCGACGCCAGCGAACGGGUCAAGGAGUGCAAAGAGAUAGCAAGUUCAAGAGAUUCGGUCGCGGUGUUGCACGAAUGGCUGAAUAAUGAGGCUCCAAAAAGCAAAGGCGGAGACAAAGAUAAUUUCACUACUAUUAGGGGGUGGAGUCGAGGGGAGAUAGCUGGAUUUAUACUACCUGAAUCUGCGCGCAAGGUAUUAGAUUGGCAUAGUAAGAUUCUACCGGUAAUGAUGACAAUCAUCAUCAGCGGAGAUACACUAAGGCUUGACCUACAGGACGUGCUAGAAAGGCAUCAGACUCGAAGUGAAAACAUAAAAGCGGCCCUGCAAAAGAUCGGAAAUUCAUACAGUGAACAAUCGAAUUGGAUAGUAAAACACGUAUCGGGGGCAAAGGAUAGAUUGAACGCCUUCUCAUCAGUCGACUGGAUCGCUCCGAAACAUGAAGGUCAAAGUCUGGAAUCUAAUCACGAGCUCAUGCAAAUCGCUAGCUAUGUGAACAGUGUUACAGGAGAGUCAAGUUCGGUGGUAGUAUACGGGUUGAAGUUGGAGCAAGUAGAAUUCAUGGAUGUUCUUAGGAUGAAGAUCGAAACACUUUCGGUG